AAUAUGGAGUCGAAAAAAUUGCGCUUGCGCGUUUUACGACAGCAGCCGCGUCUGUUUUACCUGCACUUCGUCAACUCGCAUUCGUAUUGUAACUUGUAAGUGAAAAGAAUCAGAAACAAAAUCUCUUGUUCGUUACAAGAUGCUCUGGUCAAUUGUAAUACUACUCGUUAUCGGAAUCGUCGCCGCUCAAGACUGCAAAGGAUGCGUUUCUUUGGACUCUUAUUCCUUUGAUAAGGUAAUAUCAAAAUUUAAAGCUGCAGUCGUUAAAUUUGACGUAUCAUUUCCAUACGGAGAGAAACACGAGCAAUAUGCGCAAGUAGCCGCCGCAACAAAGGAUGCUCCCGAUCUACUGGUAGCGGAAGUCAGAGUCAAAGAUUACGGGGUUAAAGAUAACUCGGAUCUUGCCGCUCGUUACAAAAUAAAAUCCGAAGAUUUCCCUGCAAUUCUUCUAUUCUUACAAGGGAAAACGGAACCAGUUCCGUUUGUUGCUGAAAAAGAAUCCGAGUUUACCGCGGACAAUAUUAAACGGUUCAUUAAAUUAAAAUCUGGCGUGUAUUUUGGUCUACCUGGUUGUAUAGAACAGUUGGAUAGACUGGCAGAGGAGUUUAAGUCCAGCGGUGAAAAGGACAGGAAGGAAAUAUUAAACAAAGCAAAAGUAUUCGAGAAAACGCUACCUGAAAUACAACGAACUGCCGCUAAAGUUUAUGUUAAAACAAUGGAAAGAAUCUUAGAAAAAGGAGAUAUCUUUAUCCAGACAGAACAGACAAGAAUAGAGGGUAUCCUGAAAGGGAAAUUAUCAAAUCAGAAGAAACGCACAAUGGAAGAGAAACGAAAUAUCAUUCAUUCAUUUUUGCAUAGAGAUGAAUUGUGAAGAAGUUACCAUGACACGGUAUUACAAAUUUUAUCACGUGUGCUUUUUCAAAAAUAGCGUCGUAUUAAGAUUCAGUAUUCGUCAAUCGUUUUAAUCGUAAUAAUUUACAAACUCGUUUCGUGCAAUUUAAAAUCGACAAUACAUGGAACGAAAAUAUCAUUAGUUUUUAAUUUAAACAUUCCAGUAUUUUAUAAUAAUAUUUAAAAACCAGCCGAACAAUUAAAAAGUACAUUUUUAGAUUUUUGUAAGUGAAAUGUAGUCAUAAAUGGUUACGUCGUCACGUUAAUUAUUUCAAGUUUUGUAUCAAAACAGAAACACGACUGUAUUAUACAUCAUAAGAUGCAUUUAAAAUAAAUUUAAUAAGAUUAUAGUCGAAUAAACUCAAGUAUUUGAAAUUAAA